AUGGCCUCCCCAACACCCCCAUCAACCCUGACCACCUCAGGCUCACCGAGCCAAGCUCCCGCCGAGAAACCCUCCUCUCCACCCGUCAACAUCCUUCCAUCCCCGCUCGCGCAGGUAUACUCCUACGCGCACCCGCCAGUUCUGCUGGGACUAUGUGCAUGGCGGUUCGAGGGGCUGGUUGCUGACCCCGUGCGGGAGCUUCUUGCAGAUUUGCCUUGGCUGGCUGCCCUGCAAAUCGCUUAUGUGAUGCUUUGUCUCCCGCCGGCUGGGACGGUAUCCGCGGAAGCUGGCUCUGCAACUGAUGAGGAGAAGAAGAAGACUCCCCGGUCACCUGCAGGGCCCUCCCUUCGCCCUGGAAAGCCUGGGUACCGGCGGAAGCACUCAUCGGGAAAGAGCUCUUGGGCGUCUGCUUGGGCCAAGUUAAUGCCUGCCUUCCUCUCACUUUCUCUCACAUCUCUCCUCGCCACCCCCUUCAUUGCCGUCCUCCUCGUUCUCUUCGGUGCCCCGCUCACCACUCACAAUGCGGAGACGCUCCUCUGUGCAGCACACAUGGCCCUUUUGUCCGCAACCGGACUGGUCUAUGUACACGGCGUGGAUGCCUCAGUUUGGAAGGAAGUCUGGGGAAUAUCCCGUCCCGCGGACGCAGUCUGGGGUAGCGCUCUGGGUACCGGCCUAGGUGCAUGGUUCGGAGCUAUUCCGAUCCCGCUUGAUUGGGACCGCCCAUGGCAAGCCUUCCCCAUUACCAUUCUUACCGGCGCCUACAUCGGGUACGCUGUCGGAUCAUUGAUCUCUCGGACGCCGCUCCUUUAUGGAAAGCGGAUCCAGUUUGCGCCUGAGCCGGCUGAGGAGGGUGAGAAAAAGACUAAUUAG